AAGACAAAAAUAACACGAGAAAAAAAUAAACGUUUUUAAUUGGAUGGAAAACAAUAGAAAUAUUAGAUUUUGUAAGUAAAAGUGAUGGAUAGGGUUAAAACCACUAAUUGAAAAGUUUUAUAAAAAUUUAUUUACGCAUAUAGUUCUGGAUAGAACUAAUUUGUCAGCCAAGCUGAGGCAACAAGUGUUAUUAUAUAACCCGGAUCACCGUUAACGGCAGCAGUUUCCUCUGUUUAUUGAACAGUGGAGCUGCUAGACUUGACUGAAUAGGACAAGAUUUAUGGAUAUGGAAUCAUUAUUAUUGAAUGGUUCAAUAUCAAACCUUUCUGCAACAAAUGGUUAUAUGAACGGUACAUACUCACCAGAUGAUACAAUGGAUAUGAGCAAAGAUAAUGACCAAACUGUGUCUCAACAACAAAAACUUGGCUCAAGUCCUCCAACAUAUGCUGAUGCUUUUCCACCCUUAAGUGCAGCUCCUAAAUCUAAUGCGGGAGCUACACAAACAGCAUGGGUUUCAAAAAAUACUACCAAGCCAAAGCCAGCUGCUGAAACUUUUAGACCUAUAUUAUCGUCAACAGCAACACAGGUGUUUAAAAUACCAUAUGAAGAACGCAAGUUCAAAAGUACCUCUCCAAUCGUUGGGGAUGCUGAUCGACAAAAUGAGUUAAUUCGUGAUAUAAUGCAGAGAACUGGUACAACAAUUGAAGUUAGUGUAAAUAAGGAUCAAUGCCUGACAGUAAUGGUAACAGGUAAGAGAGAUGCUACUGCACAAGCAAAAAGAUUUAUUAUAGCAGGACUACAAACUCAAGCAAGUAUUGAGAUUGAAAUACCUAAGGAACAUCAUGGUUUUGUUCUUGGAAAAGGUGGCAAAAAGCUUCAAGAACUUGAGUUAAUGACACAAACUAAAAUAACUAUUCCUCGAGACUCUAAAAUAAUCAGGAUUGUUGGUACAAAAGAAGGUAUUGAUCGAGCCAAACAUGAAAUACAACUAAUAUCAGAUGAGCAAGCUAAACUUGCAUUUGAACGUCUAACUGUUCCCAAGAUUUAUCACCCAUUUAUCCAAGGCCCAGAUAAUGAAAAAAUGAAAGAGAUAGCAUUGAGUACUGGUGCUCGAAUUAACAUUCCACCCCCUUCAGUUAAUAAAGAUGAAAUUACUGUUGCGGGAGAUAAGGAAUCUGUUCAAAAAGCUGUCAAGUUAAUAAUGGAUAUUUACAAACGAAGAGAAAAACUUAGUAAAACAGUUGCUAUUGAGGUUAAGAAAAAUCAACAUCGCUAUGUUAUUGGACCAAAAGGAUCAGGAAUUCAAGAUAUUUUGCGUGCUACUGGAGUUUCUGUGGAAGUUCCUUCUUCUGACAGCGACAAUGAGACUAUCAUUCUUCGUGGUGAUGGUGAUAAGCUUGGAAAUGCACUGACAAUGGUGUAUGAAAAGGCUAACAGUUGUAUUACAGCAGAAUUGCACGCACCAAAAUGGCUUCAUCGUUUUAUUAUUGGGCGAAAAGGAGAAAAUAUAAAGAAAAUUACACAGGAUUUGGACAACAAAAUUCAUAUUGAGUUUGUGGAAGAUAAAGAUAAAAUAUUUAUUGAAGGACCUCCAAAUGAAGUUAAUGCUGCUGAAAAUUUACUUGAAUUGUCUCUCAAUGAACUGAAAAAUACAAUGUCAUUUGCUGACAUCCAAGUAGAUCAAAAAUGGCAUCGUCAUAUUAUUGGUAAAAAUGGUGCUAAUAUAACUAAGAUCAAAAAUGAAACUGGAACUUCUAUCAAUAUUCCUUUGGAUACCAAAAAAUCUAACAUUAUACGCAUAGAAGGUAGUCCACAGGGUGUGGCUGCAGCAAAAGAGGAAAUUCUUGAAAUGGCUGCAAAAAUGGAUAAUGAAAAAUCUAAAGACAUUAUAAUUGAACAACGGUUUCACAAAAAUAUAAUUGGUCAAAAAGGUGAAAAUGUGAGAGUAAUACGUGAAAAGUUUGCAGAUGUUCAAAUAUCAUUUCCAGAAGCUGGAAAAAAGAGUGAUAUUGUAACACUUCGUGGACCUAAAGAAGAAGUUGAUCAGUGUUAUAACUAUAUGAAAAAAUUAGUGCAAGAUGUUGUUGCUUCUAAUUAUCGGUGUGAGGUGCCAAUCAUUAAGAAGUUUCAUGGUAACAUAAUUGGUCGCAAUGGUGCUAACAUAAAGAAAAUAAAAGAAGAGACAAACACGACAAUAGAAAUUCCACCUGUAACGAGUAACAGUGAUGUUAUAAUAGUAACUGGGUACAAAGAGCAAGCAGAAAAAGCUAAAAAGAUGAUUUUAGCUAUACAAAAUGAGCUUGCAAGUGUGGUGUCUGUUGAAGUUAAAGUUCCGCAAAAACUUCAUAUGGCUAUGAUAGGACCUGGAGGUAAACUUAUUCAAAGUAUCAUGAAUGAAUGUGGAGAUGUUAACAUUCGCUUCCCUUCAGAAGAUGCAAAAAGUGAUAUUAUUGUUAUUCGUGGAGCAAAAGAAGAUGUGGAAAAAGCAGAGAUUCAGUUAAAGAAACUGGCAGAAGAACGGCAAGAAAAUAAUUACACAGCUGAAGUUACUGCAAAAGCUGAACAUCACAGGUUUUUGAUUGGUAAGGGAGGUGUGAAUAUACGAAAAGUCCGCGAAAAAACUGGUGCUCGAAUUAUUUUUCCUACGAAAAAUGAUGAAAACAAAGAACUCAUCACUAUUAUUGGAACAAAAGAAAGUGUAGAAGAAGCCAAAGCCGACCUCUUAAACAAAAUCAAAGAUUUAAACAAUAUUGUAGAAAGUGAAGUAUUGAUUGACCCUAAACAUCAUCGUGAAUUGGUAGCACGACGAGCACAAAUUCUUCGUGAUAUAGCUGAUGAAUAUGGAGGUGUUACAGUAAGCCUACCAAAAGUUCCAGAUUCAAAUAAGGUUUCUUUAAAAGGGGCAAAGGAAUGUGUUGAAGGUGCCAAGCAAAGACUUUUAGAAAUAGUCAAUGAUUUGGAAUCAAUGGUUGAAAAGGAAUGCAUUAUUUCACAUGUUCAUCAUAGAGCUGUUUUGGGCAAUAAAGGAAAAAAUGUCCAAGAACUUUCUUCUAAAUUAGGUGUUCAGAUUAAGUUCCCUGAAAGACGUCCAGUAAAUAGUGAAGCAGCUGCAUCAGAAGGCGAUGACAGUAAACUUGAUGUUAUUGUGAUCAGUGGUAAAAAAGAUGAUGUCGAGGAAGCAUGUAACACACUUCUGUCUUUGGUUCCCAUAUCAGAGAAGAUACAAAUUCCAUUUGACAAUCAUCGUUAUAUUAUUGGGACCAAAGGAGCUGGUAUUCGUAAAAUGAUGGAAGAAUAUGAUGUUAAUAUUGCUGUUCCAUCUGCGGAUCUACAAGAUGAUCACAUAGUUGUUACAGGACCAGUGGCCAAUGUAAAAAAUGCAGUGGAUGCUCUCCGCAAACGUAAUGCUGAAAUUGAGUCUGAAAAUGAAGAUAGAAAGCUCAGACAAUUUGAAAUGGUUGUAAAUGUUCCAAAAGCAUAUCAUUCAAAAUUAAUAGGUCGCAAAGGAGCAAUGAUACAAAAGUUACGAGAUGAAUAUGGUGUUAAUAUACGAGUGCCUCCUGCAUCUAAUACUCCAGAUGACGAUGAACAAGCCAAUCAAAUACAUUUAAUUGGUUACGAGGACAAGUGUAUAAAAGCUAAAGAAGCCAUAGAGGCUAUCAUCAAGGAAGUGCAAGACCAAGUCUCGAUAGAAGUAAUGAUUGACAGUCGCAUUCACAGUCGUAUAAUUGGACAAAAAGGCCGUAGUGUGAGAAAGAUUAUGGAGAAGUUCAAAGUCGAUAUUCGCUUUCCUCGACAAGAAAAUCCAAAUCUAGUUGUAAUUUCUGGAGAUGAAGAAUCUUGUGAAGCUUGCAAAGAACAUUUACAACUUCUAGAAGAAGAAUAUAUGGAUACCGUACAUGAGCGUGAAGAAGAACAAGAAUUAAUGGCCUCUUAUCUUAAACCACGUUCAGGAAAAGAAAAGGAAAACAAUCAAGAAGGCUUUGUUGUAAAAGGUGCUCCGUGGGAACCUCAAAAAUGUGUUUAUCAGCAGAAGGAAUAUACUGCAGAUGCAGUCAGUGACUUUCCUACUCUUACUUCUAUUGCUGCAGGUGGUCAACAGAGUAAAGCGUGGGGGAAAUCGUCAGGCUUCUAAUGAUAAUGGAGUCACUAUUGCGCUAUGAUUUUAUAAAAUUCGCUUUCUAAUUUAACAAAAUUUAUUUUAAUUGUGCGUUGAUUUUCCAACUUAUUUAUUUUUUCUUAGUGUAUUUUCUUAAACGAAUAUUUUCUCUUCUUCUUGGUUUUAAUAUAUUUUGCAUUUUUUACGUAACUUUAGUGACGAGACUUGAGUGACGAGUAAAUGUAAUUUCAUAGAAAUUGUUUAACGGAUUUUAAUUUCGAAAAUUUGUAGAGUUGCCGCAAUGCGGAUUAAAAAUGGAUUAUUUGAUAAAAAAAAAUUUCUGCUGAA